GCAACAUCCGUCGUCGGGUGUGGACGGUGGUCUCUUGAGCUCCUUCGCUUUUCGGGAACAACAUAAAAAAAUAUAACAGCCUGAUUGAUCAUUUCCUGCAGCACGCGAGAAACAAAUGAUUUACGAAGACAUUAGAAAUUGGACAAUAUAUUGAGAGAAAGAGAGAGAGAGAAAAAAAACAAUAAUAGCUAAAAAUAGUAGAAAAUAGCAGAGCGAAGAAACGAAAGAAGUGGGAUAUAGGACACAAAGGAAAGAAGAAAACAGGGGAAGAAGAAGAAAAAGACAAAAAUGGAUAAUCCCGUGUUUGUUGGUGACGAUCAGCAAGUGAAGGAGAGAAAAGUUCAAGGACAUGAGAGCGUCCAGGGCGGGGGAAGUCCUCGGGGCCGACGGCAGAAUGUCGAGGGGACAGAGGAACAAGCUGAAAGAAAGUCUACAGCAGCCGUGGCGGGGGGCGAACCAGCUCCGAAUGACGCUGUUAACCUCGAGAGGAGGGUGGGGCUCAUCAGUGGGGUUGCUUUGAUUGUCGGGACCAUGAUCGGUUCGGGAAUUUUCGUAAGUCCAAAAGGCCUGCUGGAGCGCACAGGAAGCGUCGGCCUCAGUCUCAUUAUAUGGGCAGCGUGCGGUCUGCUCUCCCUGCUGGGCGCAUUGUGUUACGUGGAGCUAGGCUGCAUGAUACCCUCCUCAGGGGCGGAACAUACGUACUUCAUGACGGCUUUCGGGCAUCUUCCGGCGUUCCUGUUCGCCUGGGUGUCCAUUAUCAUUUUGAAGCCUGCCAUGUUAGCCAUUAUCUGCCUCUCCUUCUCCAAGUACUUGGUGGAGGCUUUCGCGUCCGACUGUGAACCACCUCUGACGGCUAUCCAGCUGCUGGGGGCGUUGACCAUAGUUCUCAUCACCUUCAUCAACUCCUACUCGGUCACGCUGGCCACCAAGGUCCAGAACAUCUUCACGGCGGCCAAACUGCUGGCCAUCCUGAUCAUCGUGGUGGGCGGGGCCGUGCGGCUGAUCCAGGGGAACACGCAGUACCUGGCCACGGGGUUUGAAGGCUCCACCUCCAGCUUCGGGGACAUUGCCACGGCCUUCUACAGCGGUCUGUGGGCCUACGAUGGAUGGAAUAACCUUAACUACGUGACGGAGGAACUUAAGAAGCCUUACACCAACCUCCCUCGAGCCAUUAUCAUCGGCCUGCCUCUGGUGACCGUGUGCUACCUGCUCGUCAACGUGUCCUACUUGGCGGUCAUGAGUAAGGAGGAACUGCUGAGCUCCGAGACAGUGGCUGUGACCUUCGGGAGUCGCGUUCUUGGGUGGGCAGCUUUCCUCAUGCCCCUCGCGGUCACCCUGUCCACCUUCGGCGCCGCCAACGGAACGGCUUUCACGUCGGGCAGACUGUGCUUCGUGGCGGCAAGAGAAGGCCACAUGGUCGACGUGCUGUCUUAUGUCCACGCUAAGAAACUCACUCCGUCGCCUGCACUCCUGUUCAACGCCUUCAUCGCGCUGAUGAUGGUGAUUCCUUCCGACAUCGGUUCCCUCAUCGAUUUCUUCAGCUUCACCGCCUGGAUCUUCUACGGGGGCGCUAUGUUGGCCCUCAUCAUCAUGCGGCGCACCAUGAAGGACGUGCCCAGGCCGUAUAAGGUCCCCAUCAUCAUCCCGGUCAUCGUCCUCGUCAUCUCCAUUUACCUCGUCGUCGGCCCCAUCAUCGACUCCCCACAGAUCGAGUACCUGUACGCCAGCCUCUUCAUCCUCGCUGGCCUCGUGUUCUACUUCCCCUUCGUCUACUUCAAGAAGAGCGUCCCAGGCAUGGGUCACCUGACGACCUUCUUCCAGCUGAUUCUCCAAGUUGUCCCCACCGACACAAUGCCCGAUGCCUGAGUUACUGAAUGCCACGAAACGAGCUUAUCAAAGACCCCGAUGCCAGGGAAACGAUACUGCAGCUGUUCGUCGGAUAAAAUCUUGACUGGACAGAAAUUGUUUUAAUCUUCUGUGAUUUUUUUUUUCUUCUUUUUCUUUUUUUUUGAGGUACAUUUUUCGUUUGUAUUUUUCUUCGAACUUAGCAUUCCGGUGUGGCUGUCGAGCUCUGUCUAGUAGGAAGAUGAAAGCACAAUUAGAGCCGUAGCACACUGGGAAGACCAUACAGAUACAUUCAUAUAUACAUUACAUACAUACGUGCAUGCGGAUGUAUGCAAACACACACAUUCUUAUGGAAACCUUCCAUAUUUCCCACAAGCAAAAAAAGAAGAAGAAAAAAAAUCAAAUCUAGCCCAAAUGUAUAAUUAUUUCUCUCUUUGAUACAUUUUUUCUAUUUCAAAGUUAGAUCUUAUCCACUGGAGAAACGCAACUGUUGCCAAAAGCACCAAAUGAAUAAUGGUGUUGAGAUCCCUGGAAUGCAUGAGAUAGUUGUAGGUUCUAUGUUGGUACCACUGUUCAGCACGAGUGGAGGAUAUGUUGGCAAUCCUGUUCAACACCAAGACUAUUAACACAUUGAGAAGAAAUAGGCUAAUUUACGACUUCAACACCCAUGGGAAAUGUGUUCAUUUGACACCCAAACUGCAAGGAUGAAGGCUGACAUUUCUGUAGUUAAACUUCUAGCUGCACAAGUAUUAGGUGUUAGUUAUACGGUAAACACUAUCUGGAGACGCUCGUGUAACCUUUCAACCUGUGAUAUAGUCAUCCUUUUGCUUCGGUAGUUAGAGGUGGGAGAAAUACGUGAUUAUAAACACGCAUGUGUGUUCGGUUACCUAGAACCACGAGUCAAGUAGUCCAUAGAUGGGAUCUCAUCACUCUAGGCGGAUUUAUGUGUUGUCUGUUGGCUUUUCGUCCUCUUGAAGAAAGGUUGGGCGUUUUGACGUUCGAGAGGAGAAUAAGUUUAUAAAGUGAUUAUAUU